AUGGCUUCCGAAACAGCGUUGACGUUCGGCGUCGAGUUAGAGUUUAUGGUUACCGUCAACUACAAACAUCACAGAAAUCAAGCAGCACUAUGGGCAAUGACAGAACUUUUCAUGAGAAAUCUAAAGGAUCUAGAGGCCUCUUUGCCUUGUGCCGGUAUCACGGCUAAACUGAGCAAAACCACGGGCCAAGGCUAUCAGAGUCACUAUCCGGCUUCCCAUAAAGUAAUACCUAUAAAAAAGAAGGAGUGGAAGGAUCACUAUUGCUUCUCCGAGGACGUAACCGUUUAUCCAAACUUCGACGAAGAAGCAGAAUUAGCAGAAGAAAACAAACGUGCGGUUGGCUUGGAAGUUUCUACACGCGUUCUUGACUUUGAUAAGCAAGGAUGUCCCGAAUUGAAAACUGCUUUCGCGGCCGUCCGUAAUGGCGGCGAACUCACGAACAAGGAAAUCGCUGAAGAGUUCAAACCCUCAGCUCACAGCACAGCUGGACUCCACGUCCAUGUCGGCGUCAAAGAUGGACUCAGUCUAGAGACAGCCAGGAAUGCAGCUGUUCUUGGAUGGCUUUUAGAGCCAUGCCUCUUUUCUCUCUGCGAUGCUAAUCGGGGAAUGAAUUGGCAACACGCACCAAUUCGAAAAAAUUCCGUGCUAUCACAAUGCUCAUCCACAUCUGUUCAAAACGAUAUGGGGGUACCCGAUUCCCUCUAGGACAGUCUUUCUUCGGC